AUGACGAAGCCAAAGGUCCUCCAGCUCGGCAAGAUCGAGCACGCCCACGAGUCCUGGUCCUCGCUCGGCGCCGUCGCCGACAUCAUCACCCCGAAAUCCACCUCCCGCCCCGAGUUCCUCCAAGAAUGCGCCUCCGGCGCCCUCGACGGCGUCGUCGCAAUCUACCGCACCUUCUCCAGCGUCAAGAUCACCGGCAAGAUCGACGCCGAGCUCGUCGCCGCCCUGCCCCCCUCCGUGCGCUUCAUCUGCCACAACGGCGCCGGCUACGACCAGAUCGACGUCGCCGCCUGCACGCAGCGCGCCCCCACACCCCUCCUCGUCUCCAACACGCCCACCGCCGUCGACGACGCCACGGCCGACAUCAACGUCUGGCUCAUGCUCGGCGCCCUCCGCAACCUCAACGCCUCCAUCCUGACGCUGCGCGCGGGCAAGUGGCGCGGCAGCCCACCCCCGGCCCUCGGCCGCGACCCGCAGGGCAAGGUGCUGGGCAUCCUCGGCAUGGGCGGCAUCGGGCGCAACAUGGCCAAGAAGGCGCGCGCGUUCGGCAUGAGCGUGAGGUACUACAACCGCACGAGGCUGUCGGACGACCUGGAGCAGGACGCGGGCGCCGAGUACGUCGACUUUGACACGCUGCUGGCCUCGAGCGAUGUCAUUUCGCUGAACCUCCCCCUCAACCCGCACACCCGCCACAUCAUCUCGACCGCCGAGUUCGCCAAGAUGAAAAAGGGCGUCGUCAUCGUCAACACCGCCCGCGGCGCCGUCAUCGACGAGGCCGCCCUCGUCGACGCCCUCAACAGCGGCCAGGUCGGCAGCGCCGGCCUCGACGUCUUCGAGAACGAGCCCGAGGUCCACCCCGGCCUGCUCGCGAACCCAAACGUUCUCAUCGUGCCGCACAUGGGCACAUACACGCUCGAGACCACGGUCAAGAUGGAGGAGUGGGCGAUUGGCAACGUGCGCCGCGCCGUAGACGAGGGCAAGCUGAACAGCGUGGUGCCGGAGCAGAAGAGUGUUGCUGGUGCUUAG